GGUGCGGGCGUGCGAGCGGCCAGCCGGCUGCAUGGCGCGCUGCGAGCGGCUAUGCGGCGCUGCCCUGCGCGACGUGCUGGGCCGGACGCAGGGGGUCCUGUUCGACUGUGACGGGGUGUUGUGGAACGGCGAUCGUAUCGUACCGGGCGCUCCGGAGCUGCUGGAACGGCUGGCGCGGGCUGGCAAGGCGACGCUGUUCGUGAGCAACAACAGCCGGCGCGCGCGGCCCGAGCUGGCCCUCCGCUUCGCGCGCCUGGGCUUCGGGGGGCUGCGCGCCGAGCAGCUCUUCAGCUCCGCGGUGUGCGCCGCGCGCCUGCUGCGCCAGCGCCUGCCCGGGCCGCCGGACGCGCCGGGAGCCGUGUUCGUGCUGGGCGGCGAGGGGCUGCGCGCCGAGCUGCGCGCCGCGGGGCUGCGCCUGGCGGGGGACCUGGGCGAGGACCCCGGCGCGGCUCCGCGCGUGCGCGCAGUGCUCGUGGGUUACGACGAGCACUUCUCCUUCGCCAAGCUGAGCGAGGCGUGCGCGCACCUGCGCGACCCCGACUGCCUGCUCGUGGCCACCGACCGCGACCCUUGGCACCCGCUCAGCGACGGCAGCCGGACCCCCGGCACCGGGAGCCUGGCCGCUGCGGUGGAGAUAGCCUCGGGUCGCCAGGCCCUGGUGGUGGGCAAGCCCAGCCCUUACAUGUUCGAGUGUAUCACAGAGCACUUCAGCGUGGACCCGACCCGCACACUCAUGGUGGGUGACCGCCUGGAAACCGACAUCCUCUUUGGCCACCGCUGUGGCAUGAUCACCAUGCUCACACUCACAGGCGUCUCCCGCCUGGAGGAGGCCCAGGCCUACCUGGCAGCAGGCCAGCACGACCUUGUGCCCCAUUACUAUGUGGAGAGCGUUGCGGACUUGAUGGAGGGGCUGGAGGACUGAGCCCACCUGAGCUGCAGCUGAGCCCCUCUCUUCCCACCCCUCAUCCCCAUAGACAGAGGCCAUGGGUCGUGGUUUUGUGAGUGCACCACAAGCACUCUGGGGCCUCGGUUUCUUUACCCUGGUGGGGUGGGACCCAGUGAAGGUUUGAGGGCAGUUUCAGAAGCUGCCCAUGCAGCUUGAAGGUUCCCCUGGCCUGACCCAGCCAGGUGGCCUCAUUUCCUGCCCUGUUACCAUCCCUCCUUGGAUGUGGGCUUUGAUGCCAACUGAAGAUUCCGCCAACCCUGAGCACUUGAUCUCCACCCCUCCCUGGGGCCUCUAGAGCCCUGCCCACCCUCCAGUCCUGCCUUUGGGCUCCUGUUGGCCAAUCAGAGAUCUAGGUAACCACAGCCCAUUAUUGUCCCAAGUGGACCCCUGGAAGGCUGAGUGACAGUGACUUACUGAUGUACCCUGAGUGGACCAAAUAUCCUAAGGAACAAUGACCCUUAUGUGUGCUGGAGCCCCAGUGCACCAAUCAGAAGUUAAGUAACAUGGGCCUUGUAUGUCCUAGGUCCUGAGUGGACCCAUCAGGAUGCCAAGUAACAAUGACCCACUGGUCUCUUAGAUCUCAAAUAGAACAAUCCAGAAGUCCAAGAGACAGUGACCUGUUGACAAUCUGCAUCUCACUGGAUCAGCCAGGGGUCCAGAUUUCAGUCAAUAAGGAGGGCCCAAGUAGGAAGACACCCCUCCUCCACAUAGCUCAUGGUCUUGGGGCUGCUGUGGAGAGCCGUGCCCCUCCCAUCACAGUACCUGCCCUGUGUUGAUGGUGGCCAAAGCUUGGAAGGGGGUUUUUGUGCCCUCCCCCGUGUGGUCAGUGUUUUAUGUGCCACCUCUCCCCCAUGCCCAGCUAUUUAUUUAUUUAUUUAUUAUUGUGUGCCAGUGCCCGUGGGUGUGGAGCUGGGCCUUCCUGCCACCAUGCCCCUGUUGUAAUCAGUCCUCUUGAGCUUAAUAAAGUGCCGGUGGGAGUGUCUGUGUGUCCCAGUCUGUGGCCGGGAGGGAGAAGAGCCCCUUCAGGAGCCUGGAACUGGCCUCCCAUGACCUUGUCAUUAUACAUCCUGGUUCCAGAGU